AUGGUGGAAAAAGGCUCAGAAGAUGACACACUAGAUGAAGAAAUAGGUGAAAAUUUAGGAAAAGAGACCUUUGAUGAUACGGGAAAGAAGUUAGUUAACCAGUUUAACUUUUGCGAGCAUUCAAGUCAGACAUAUACCAGCGUGCCAAAGGUAAUGGAAUUUGGUUGUCAAACUGAGCCUCCUGCGAGAAACACUUUUUCUGGAAACGUAACACAGUGGGGUAUCUAUGAUUUCUAUCGAGACGUGGCAGCUAACAAGGUUGAAGGCCUUUCGGGAUUUCUUAAACCUCUUAAAACGAUUGAAAGAAUGAUAAAUCAGAACACCUUUGAUGAUGUUUUACAGGAUUUUGCUUACUUUGAGGAUCUCGCCGAUGAUUUUAGGGACUCAAUGGGAACUCUACUUCCACUCUGGAAGUUCUCAUAUGAAAAAGCCAAGAAAAUGACUGUUACGUCUCUUUGUUGGUCACCACAGUACAGUGACCUUUUUGCAGUUGGUCUUGGUUCUGAAGAUCUCGUGAAACAUGGUGGAGGAUUGAUCUGCUUUUAUUCACUGAAGAACCCCAGUUACCCAGAGUAUAUUUUCAGGACGGAAUCUGAAGUUCUUUGUUUAGACAUUCAUCCUGAAUAUCCAUUCUUAAUAUGUGUUGGCUUUUAUGAUGGCGCUGUUGGAGUUUAUAAAUUGAAUCAACAGAAAUUAGGUCCCCUAUACUUGAGUACUGUGAAUUCGAAUAAAAAUACCGAUCCUGUUUGGCAAGUUAAGUGGCUUCAAUCCGUUGACCAACCCAACUUGGAAUUUUAUUCCAUCAGUUCGGAUGGUCGGAUUUCAAGUUGGAACAUCGUGAAGGACGAUAUCGUAUGCUAUGACAUUCUCCAAAUGAAAACACCGAAGGAAAAUAGUGAAGAACUUGGAAAUGUGGAAGUUUUUUCACAUGAAAGUGGAACUGCUCUGGCGUUCCACAGAAAGAAUACGGAAAUCUUCCUUAUAGCAACAGAAGAUGGGCUGGUGCAUAAGUGUAGUCGAAUCUAUGGCCCAGAUUAUCUGUCCACCUUCAGGGCACACAGUAUGGCCGUUUACAAACUCAGCUGGAACUACUUCCAUGAAGACAUCUUUAUCACCUGUUCUGCUGACUGGACUGUCAAGAUUUGGCAUCAGGAUAAGAAAGACCCCUUGUUCAUCUUUGACCUUGGAUCCCCGGUUGGAGACGUUGCAUGGGCACCCUACUCGUCCACAGUAUUUGCCGCAGUUACGAAUGAUGGGCACGCCCAUAUCUAUGAUCUUAAUGUAAAUAAAUACGCUCCCCUCUGUCACCAAUUGAUUGUGAAAAAGAAAAACUCCAAAUUGACUCAAGUGGCCUUCAAUCCUGUGCGUCCGGUUAUUAUCUGCGGAGGCGAUAGGUUGGUUCAGACCUAUUUACUUUUUAAUUUAUCGGUGUUGCUAAGUGGUGUUUAUAAUGAACUGAUAAAAUCGGAUUUUAAAAGAUGUUCAGCUUGCGAUUUUGUCCAGCGACCCAAUGGUCACCAUGGCGACCUCAAGGUUAGAAAUUACAAGGCUGAAAGUCAUUGCUGA